AUGCCGCCGCACGCGCGGACCAGCGCCGCGCGGAGAGCGGUGGGCACCGCGGGUUCCGCGCGCAGCAUGCGGUACUUCCCGCUGGUGGGCCCCGCCGUGCUCGGCGCGCUGUACCUGCUCUCGCUCCUCGCGCGACGGGGGGCGAAACCCGCCGCCGUCGGCGCAAGCACGCAGUGCUGUCUAACUCCCCUUCACCCAACCUCCCCCUCCCUUCCCCCCUCUCAACCCGCCUCUCCCACCAGGCUAUCCAUCGCCUACCACCCGUCGGGCGACGGCCUUCUGCUGCUACUCGCGCCGCCCGCCUCGUCCGCCACGCCCCUCCCCGCGCACUCCCCCCUGCCGGAGCGGCGGCAGCAGCCGCUGCAGCUGCCGGUGGUGGAGGUGGGGGGGGCGCGCGUGCAGGGGCUCGUGGUGGACGGCACUGGGCGCAGCGCCACGUGGCAGGCAGGCGGGGAGGCGGAGGGAGCCCAGCCCGCCGGGCAGAACGCCUCUGCUGCUGCUGCGCUGCCGGCGGUGGCGGUGAGGGCGAGCAGGCUGAGCGAGCACGCGGUGGUGGUGACGUGGGAGGUCACCACGCCCCUGCUCUUCCCCGAUGGCGUUGACUUCACCCUGCGGUACACCCUUGCUAUGCAGUAUGUGCUCCCUUGCUAUGCAGCAUGUGCUCCCUUAUGCACCAUCUUCUAUCUUACCGCUUCCUGCUCCCGUUCUGUCCCUUACCACCACCCCAUCCUAUCCUCUUAG